AUGUCUGGACAUCAUCACAAGCAUGGGUAUCGACGCAGGGACGAGAGGCGACGGCGUGUCCGACGCCCGUCUGGCGGCUCGAUGCGUUCGAGGGAAAGGGAAAGCAGCAAGAGGAAGAAGCCAUCUGGCACACGGUGGAGCUCGAGCGAUGAUGUGGACACGCCGAUAAAGCCAUCUACUCUCGCAGCUAUCGCGGCGCCAUUCGGUGGCCUUGGGUUUAUGCCCGUCAUUAAGCCAUCUGUUGCUAUAACGGGGCCGUUGGUUCAAGCUAUCGCUUUGCCACCACCACUCGAUUUCAAGCCAGACAUCAAGCCGGAUUUACCAUCGCGAGACGUGAAGCCGAUUCUACAACAGAGCGACGUCAAGCCAAUGCUACCGCCUUCGCUCAGGAUGCCAGCGGCGAUACGCACUCCUCCAGUUGCUCUUUAUAGCCCGGACGUGCUUCCACCUCCACCGCCCUGUGAGCAGCCACCGUCGCCUCCCGCAUACAAGCAGCUCGCACCGGCGCAACAAUCCUGUUCGAACCACUACAAUGCCGGGCCCCCGCCGAGCACCAUCCCGUUGCCCUGCACCGUACCGCCGCCACAAUUCGCAGCUCCGAACUGCCCACCUCCAGCUCAUCUCGGCAUUCAACAACCACCCGAUGCGCUGCACGGGAUUCCGAUGCCUCUACCUCAAAUGCCACCUGGGAUUUCGCAAGCGCUUCCUGCGCGCCAUGGAGCUCCAACACCACCACCGCCUGAUGUGCAGCCCGGACACUCGCCUGUAUCGCCGCGCCCCGAUGGCCACAUCCCUGGACAGCGCUGCCCUCGUGCUGUAAUUCGAUGCAGUCGCCCCACCUGCCCUCCAAUACUCAACGUUCCAGCCGAGAAGGCAUGGGGCCUCGGCAGCCUUGCCGAUUACGUCGAUCAGCUGCAGAUAGGCGAGGGCACCUACGGCCAGGUCUACAAGGCCGUACACCAAAAGACCGGUCAUGUCGUCGCGUUGAAGCGAAUCCGCCUGGAGAACGAGAAGGAAGGCUUCCCGAUUACGGCCCUUCCGGCCCAUUAUCUCGUCUUCGAAUACGUUCAUCACGAUCUGCACGGGCUGCUCGAGUCGGGCCUAGUGAAAUGGAACGGCAUCCAGUGCGGCGCCGUCUUCAAGCAGUUGGCCAUGGCCUUGGAAUACGCGCACAACAACAACAUCAUGCACCGCGAUGUCAAGUGCUCGAAUAUCUUGCUGACGGAUAAGGGCGUCCUAAAACUCGCCGAUCUUGGGCUGGCACGCUACUACAAAGAUCAGGAUCGUCUGUACACAAAUCAUGUGAUUACACUGUGGUAUCGCCCGCCAGAGCUGCUGUAUGGGGAGGAACGGUAUGGCCCGGCGGUCGACGUCUGGAGCGCCGGAUGUAUACUCGCUGAACUCUUCAUACGCCGCCCCCUUUUCCCCGGGCAAACCGAGAUGGCCCAGAUUGACCUGGUUCUGCAGCUCUGCGGUACACCUACUCGCGCCAACUGGCCCGAAUUCUUCGAGUUGGUCAACUACAAGGUCUACACGCCUCGGCAUGAUCUGCCGCGUAUCCUGCAACACGAACUGAGUUCGGUUCCCAGAGGGCCACUCGAGCUCAUCGAUAAAAUGCUGGCCCUGAACCCGAAGGAUCGACCGAGCUGCUCGGAUAUUUUGCGCCAUAAAUUUUUGAAGGACAUUGACCUGGAUCAGGUGUUGCCGUUGGAUAUGCCCAAAAACAGUUGCUACGAGCUGUCGAUGAAGCAGGCGAGGAGAGACAAGAAAGCCCGGGAGCAAGUACUUCGCGAGCAGCAACAGCAGCACCAACACCACGACAACGGGCAGUCUCGCCCCUCAAGCGCCGCCUCGUUCCCGCCGUCGUCUUCAAGAUCCCGGCCUCGCUCGCCUCCAAUGUCUCGGGCUCCAUCUCACCACAGAAGCACCAGGUUU